GAGGUUCGCGUUUGCAUACAACCGUCAAAAUGUCUGGUCUUAACGCUGGAGACGAAAAACUUGUGUUCGAGUCCUCUGAGGCCGUCCCGGUCGUCUCUACUUUCGACGACCUUGGUCUGAAGGAGGAUCUUCUCCGAGGCAUCUAUGCGUACAACUUCGAGAAACCCUCGGCCAUUCAGCAACGCGCUAUCUUACCGAUAAUCCAAGGGCGGGACGUCAUUGCUCAAGCGCAGUCGGGAACUGGAAAAACCGCGACCUUCUCUAUCUCAAUCUUGCAGUCCAUCGACGUGACGGUCCGGGAGACGCAAGCACUCGUGCUGUCACCUACGCGUGAAUUAGCCACUCAAAUUCAGUCCGUUGUCCUCGCUCUGGGCGACUACAUGAACGUUCAGUGUCACGCCUGCAUCGGCGGUACGUCCAUCGGAGAGGAUAUUCGGAAACUGGAGUAUGGUCAGCAUGUGGUGUCCGGAACACCCGGACGUGUAUUCGACAUGAUAAGGAGGCGGAGCUUGCGGACGCGGAACAUCAAGAUGCUCGUCCUUGACGAAGCGGACGAACUAUUGAACAAAGGGUUCAAGGACCAAAUAUACGACGUUUAUCGAUACUUACCCCCCGCUACUCAAGUUGUCCUCCUCAGCGCUACCCUCCCGUACGACGUGCUGGAGAUGACCACAAAAUUCAUGACGGACCCCAUCCGUAUUCUCGUGAAGCGUGACGAACUUACGCUAGAGGGUAUCAAGCAGUUCUUCGUGGCUGUGGAGAAGGAGGACUGGAAGUUCGACACGCUGUGCGACUUAUACGACACGUUAACGAUCACUCAAGCUGUCAUUUUCUGCAACACACGGCGGAAAGUCGACUGGCUAACUGAAAAGAUGCGAGCGGCCAACUUCACAGUGUCAUCUAUGCACGGAGAGAUGCCCCAGAAGGAACGAGACGCGAUCAUGUCAGAGUUCCGCGCGGGAUCAUCACGUGUUUUGAUAACAACGGACGUUUGGGCUCGCGGUAUCGAUGUGCAGCAAGUAUCGUUGGUUAUUAAUUAUGAUCUUCCUUCAAAUCGCGAAAAUUACAUCCACCGCAUUGGCCGUUCUGGUCGUUUCGGAAGGAAGGGUGUUGCCAUCAACUUCGUUACGGUCGAUGAUGUGAAGAUUCUGCGGGACAUCGAGCAAUUCUACAGCACACAAAUUGACGAGAUGCCCGUCAACGCCGCAGAAUUAAUCUGAUUCCGUUGAACUCGGUCAAUUGUCGGUCGGACAGAAUAUUCGAUCGUUGCGCUAUCAGCGAGCUGUUGUCAUUUUGCUGUGGUGAUACCUGAUGUAAUUAUAGUAUGUUGCCGCCCUGUAUUAUUGUUUUGAAGACAGUUUUUGCACGCUCGGAACAUCUCAGAGUUCUGU